CGCAGCAGGAGGAGGCCGUUGCAGUGGUCCCUGACCGCGUAGGACCGGUACGCUCCGGGGAAGCCGUCGGGGGGCAGGUAGCCGGCGAGCUUGCCGGAGACGGGCGCGGGGCGGGAGAAGAACUCGGUGUGGGAGAGGUCGGGGUAGUUCACGAGGAGCGCGUCCAGCGACCGCGGGAGGACGGCGUCGACGGCGGCGCGCAGAAGGCGGCGGGCCAGUCCCUGCAGACGCACCUGGACACGGCGAGGCCGCGGGGCGGGAGGCGGCGGAGGACGUCCGCGAGGACGUCGCGCGGCAGCCGAUGCGGCCCCGGCUCGUCGUCCUCCUGCUGCUCCAUGCCGUCUCUCUCCUUCGAAUUCGCGUGAAUCAUUUGCUUCAUUCAGAUGUGCAAAUACUGAUAACUGAGCUGCUACUGACAGACAAGACGAUGGCAGUUCGAAAGCAGCAGUAGUGUGUAGAGAACAGCAAUCUUAAGAACACCCUACUCUAGUCUGGAGGUUUGUUGCCCAGCUUAAUUUGCAGAACACACUUGUAUAACUACUCUAAAAAGAAAAAGAAAAUGCUCCUAAAUUAAUUGUUGCUUCCAGGCAGCUCUUCGAUCCAUCAAGGUGUGUAACAGAAAGACGUGUCCAUCUCUGCAUGCCGAUGGAACGUUUGAAAAAAAAAUCCUUGGGCUAUAAAUUCACCAGUAUACUGAAAUUUUCGAGCUACUCAAAUGGCACGCAGGUCCUCCACCCAUUCCACUACUCAUCAAGAAGACAACCUCUCUGUCGUAACAAUGCUACUGCUCAGAAACCAUACCUGCGCCGUCGAGAGCGUCACUUUCGCAAACGGAAUCUUGCAACCCCGGGCCGCUGCAACCAUGAUGACGUGUACCGCCGGCCACAAUCGUUUGGCGGCCCAUGGUCUCUGAAUGCUCUCGAGUCAACACCAUGGACUGGUCAAGCCCGCCGGCUCGUCCAAGUCCGGCACUCUACAUAUACCUGCCGGUAACAUGACGGCCUACUCGAGCUCGAGGUGUUGAUCGCGGCGACGAAGACGACGGGCAUGGAGCUCCAGCAGGGAGGAUCCCCAGCGGCGGAGCCCGACGAGGUCGUCGUCACCCUCCGCGAGUUCACGCCGUCGGACGCGGACGCCGAGGCGCUCAUGUCGUGGGCGUCGGACCCGCUCGUAGCCCGCUUCCAGCGCCGCGACGCCUACGAGCACGUGGACCAGGCCCGCCGCUACAUCGCCGACCACGUCCUCCCGCACCCGUGGUACCGCGCCAUCUGCGCCGGCGCCGUGGUGGUGGGGUCCGUCUCCGUAAAGCCGGCGCCGGCCGAGGACGGGCGCCUCUUCAGGGCGUCCGUUGGGUACCGCGUGGCGCGCGCGCACUGGGGCCGCGGCGUGGCGACGCGCGCGGUGCGGGCGGCGGCGGAGGCCGUGUUCGCGGCGUGGCCGUGGCUGCUGCGCCUGGAGGCCGUGGCCGACGUGGAGAACCCGGCGUCGCAGCGCGUGCUGGAGAAGGCCGGGUUCGUCAGGGAGGGGACGCUGAGGAAGUACAUCGUGCUCAAGGGAAGGCCCAGGGACAUGGUCAUGUUCAGCCUCGUCGAUACGGACCGUCGCCGCCAGCCCGUGGAGUCCAGUGGGCCGUAGCUGGGCUGCGAUGUUUCUGCUCUGCUCUCUACCUGGGCUUUCCUCUG